AUGAAGAAGAAAAUGAAAUGGGACUUUUCUUUUCAGCUUUAUUGGGUAUGGAAGCUGUGCGAAAGGCUGAGAGAGAGAGGGAUUACAGAGAAGAAAGAAGGUGAGAGAGAGAGGGAUUACGGAGAAGAAAGAAACUUAGAAUCAGAGACAAAGAGAGCUAGAGUGAGAGGGAGACAGGAAUACGAGAGAGAGAGGGGAAGAAUAAUGGGGUCUGGGUAUAAUCCAUCGUCUACUUGUUCGAAAGAUAAUAGAGAAAUGAUGGAUAAAAGUUGGAUUUUCCAAAAGAAUAGAUUAUCAGUGGAGUAUUUUGAUGGACUUAAGAGUUUUAUUAAGUUAUCAACUUUGCAUUUAAAUGGUGAAAAUAAGAUUCGAUGUCCAUGUGUUUCAUGUAUGAGCUUAUAUUAUCAUGACUUAGAGACAAUUGAGCGUCAUAUAUUCGUAAAAGGAUUUUAUAACAAAUAUCUUAUGUGGGAGUUUCACGGGGAAGAUAUCACAGAAGUAAACGAAGAUCAAGAAGAAGUAGUUACAAACAGUGAAGAAGACAUACCAUGUGACAGUGAUGAUGAUGAAGACAAUGACGAUAUGAGACCAGCAUUAGAAGAUGUAGCUAGUCAAUAUCAUAGGAAGAGUGAUUUUGUGAACCUUGGAGAUUCAAAUGAGCACAAUGAUGAAAGGAAUACAUUGCCUAACUUAUUUGCAGACGCAGAAAAGGAGUUAUACUUUGGAUGUACAACGUUCUCAAUCUUAACAUUUAUUGUUAAUCUAAUGCACAUUAAAGUGAUGUGUGGUUGGAGUAACAAAUCAUUUGAUUUGUUGCUCGACUUACUUUCGAAAGCAUUUCCCAAAGAUAAUAAAAGUCUGCGAUCUUAUUAUGAUGCUAAGAAAAUGUUGCAUGAUCUUGGUUUAGGGUACGAAACUAUUCAUGUAUGUGAGUAUGAUUGUGCUUUAUUUUGGAAAGAGAAUAAAAAUGCUGGAAGAUGUCCUAUAUGUGGCCAUGAACGAUACAAAUUCCAAGGAACUAAAGAUUUUGCAAAAGAAUCUAGAAAUGUAAGGCUUGGAUUUGCAACAGAUGGGUUCAAUCCAUUCGGUGAUUUAUCAAACUCGUACAAUAUGUGGCCAGUGUUACUAAUGCCAUAUAACAUGCUGCCAUGGAGAUGUAUGAAACGAGAAUUCUUAAUGAUGGCAUUAUUGAUUCCGGGACGUCGUGCUCCAGGAAAAGACAUAGAUGUCUAUUUACAACCUCUGAUCGAUGAGCUGAAAGAACUAUGGGAAAAUGGCGUACGUACUUUUGAUAUCAUUGAUAAAGAAUAUUUUACAAUGCGUGCAGCAAUAUUGUGGACGAUCCAUGAUUUUCCAGCAUAUGGUACUAUAUCUGGGUAUAGCACUCAAGGUUAUAAAGCUUGUCCUGUUUGUGAAGAUGACACAUCUUCAUUUCGAAUAAGAGGAAAAACAUGUUUCAUGGGUCAUCGUCGAUAUUUGUGUCCGAACCACCAAUGGCGCAAUGAUAUGGAGUAUGAUGGUACAAUCGAACGACGUUCACCUCCAAGAAUUUUAACAGGAGAUGAAAUCUUAGAUAAAUUAAAAGGUGUAUGGAAAUGUAAGGCAGUUGGUACAAUAUUUAGUAUUGAUGGGAAGUCUAAAGAUACUGAAAAGGCAAGACUUGAUUUACAAGAUUUAAAUAUUCAUAAGCAGCUACACAUGAAAAAGAAGGGGAACAAAUGGUUCAAAACAGUAGCAUGCUAUACAUUAUCAGCGAAGGAACGACAAGAAUUUUGUACGUUCAUAAAGUCCGUAAAAUUUCCUGAUGGAUAUGCUGCAAAUAUUUCUCGGAAUGUUAACAUGAAAGAUGGAAAGUUAUUUGGGUUGAAAAGUUAUGAUUGUCAUAUUUUAUUACAAAGGUUGUUACCUAUUGGUUUAAGGCCAUAUUUGAAAAAGAAAGUAAUGAAUGCUAUUGCUGAGCUGUCGUUAUUCUUCAAAAAACUAUGUGCGAGGACAUUAUAUGUGAAAGACUUAGACGAAUUGGAAAAGGGCGUUGUACUCACGCUGUGUAAAUUACAAAGUAUCUUUGCUCCUACCUUCUUUGAUGUGAUGAUUCAUCUUAUGGUUCACUUGCCAUUAGAAGCUAAGUUAGGUGGUCCAAUAAAAAAAAUGAAUGAAACAAUAUCUGGUAAAGCACAGGAAGAUUUGUAUGCAAUUGCAAUGCAACCAAGUUUUUUGUCUUGUACAUAUGUUGGUUGUAUGGUUAAUGGAGUUCGAUACCAUACAAAAAGUCGAGAUGAAAGACUUUUAACUCAAAACUACGGUGUUCACGUUGAAGCAAAAUAUGAUGGAAAUAUGUGA